AUGUGGGGCUAUUGUGUAGGCUAUCAAUAUAAAGAAACAAAUUCAGAACCAAUAAAAGAUUCAGAAAGUCUGAAUGGUGAUUCAAGAAAACGCAAAAGUUAUAAAGGCUCCAAAGUCGUUAUCUGUGAUGGGGCCCACAUUUGUCCAUUUUGCUUAGAACUGAGUCAAGCAACCGGUUCCCCUGUUCCUACUGGUGCAACUCUUGUAGUAUGUCCAGCACCAAUAUUGCCACAGUGGCAUGCUGAAAUAACUCGUCAUACAAGUCCAGGCUCACUAAAAGUUGUUGUGUAUGAAGGAGUAAAAACAACUUCACUUUAUAAUACCACAUCUGUUACGAAAAUUGAUGAACUGAUUACUGCUGACAUUGUGUUAACAACAUAUGAUGUGCUGAAACAAGACUUAUCUCAUGAUUCUGAAAGGAAUAUAGGGGAUAGGCGACUUUUGAGAUACCAGAAGAAGUACCCUGUGAUUCCAACUUUUCUGACUCGAAUAUUCUGGUGGAGGAUUUGUUUAGAUGAGGCUCAAAUGGUGGAGAGUAAUGCUGCUGCUGCAACAGAAAUGGCAAUGCGCUUACCUUGUAUGCAUCGUUGGUGCGUUACAGGAACCCCAAUACAAAAAAAGCUGGAUGACUUAUUUGGGCUCUUAAGGUUUCUUAAAGCAACUCCUUAUGAUGUUUUCAAGUGGUGGGUUGAUGCUAUUAGGAAUCCUUAUGAGAUGGGAGAUGCAGGGGCUGUAGAAUAUACUCACAAUCUCUUUAAACAAAUAAUGUGGAGAUCCUCAAAAUCACAUGUUGCUGAAGAGUUGCACCUUCCUCCACAAGAAGAAUGUCUCACUUGGCUAUCCCUCACACCAAUUGAGGAACACUUUUAUCAGAGGCAACACGAGACCUGUCUCACAUAUGCUAGGGAAGUCAUCCAAAGUUUCAAAACUAGUAUUCCUGAAGAACAAGCUUCAGGAAAUGAUUCAUCAUCGGAUUCUUUCCUUACACAUGUGGAGGCUGCAAAACUUUUGAACUCCCUCUUGAAGCUAAGGCAAGCAUGUUGUCAUCCUCAAGUGGGAAGUUCAGGCGUGCGUUCACUGCAGCAGUCUCCCAUGACAAUGGAGGAGAUAUUAAUGGUUCUUGUAGGUAAGACUAAAGUAGAAGGGGAGGAAGCCCUGAGGAAGUUGGUUGUUGCAUUGAAUGGACUUGCAGGGAUAGCUAUUAUUAAACAAGAUUUUCCUCAAGCUAUAUCCUUAUAUAAAGAAGCACUUGAAUUAGCAGAAGAGCAUUCAGAAGAUUUCAGAAUCGACCCUCUGUUAAACAUUCACAUACAUUAUAAUCUUGCUGAGAUACUCCCUUUGACCACCAACUCUAUACAAAAGUUUAAUUCAGGUGAACAGAAUUCUGGAAGUUGUGAAGGUAACAUGUGCAAGACAUGUGACGAGGAUAGACCGUUUUCUCUAUCCAGUUGUACCAGUUACCAAUCUUUGCAGAUCACAUGCAACAAUUUAAAGCAAAAGUUUUUGUCUGUUUUCAAUUCAAGAUUGUCCAUGGCUCAGCUGGAAUUCAGGAAAUCAUAUGACCUGGUUAGUAAUGGACUUAAAGAUAGAAGACACCAGCAUACUGCUUGGUGGGCUGAAGCUCUGCAAUAUAUUGAGCAAAAUAAAGAUUCUUCUACUGAUUUCAUCAGAAAGAUAGGAGAUGCUGUCUCUGAGACUCUUAACACUUCUAGAACAUCAAGACUUGCAUCCCGGUUUCAGAGCAUAACUGCUCUUAAGUAUCAUAUCCAGAGUGGUCUGGAAAAAUUGGAAGAUUCUAGAAGGACUUUGCUGGAUAGACUGUUGGAAGUUGACCAGAGCAUGGAGAAUCCAAGUAUAGAGGAUGUAGAACGUGUGAGAUACUGUCCAAAGUGCCAGGUCAAUGGAGAGGGGCUCAUAUGUGUACACUGUGAACUAGACGAGUUAUUUCAGGCAUAUGAGGCGAGGCUGUUUCGAUUUAACAAAGGACAUGGUGGAGGGGUGAUUUCAUCUGCUGACGAGGCGGUUGAUUUAAGGAAAAAAGUGUUUGCUUUAAAUCGGUUCUAUUGGACUUUGUCACAGCCUGACAAAGCUCCACCACCAUCAAGUAAUGAAGAUGAAGGGAAGAAAAGGGAUGUUGGGGAGAAAGUUAUGGUUUCUAAAUCUCCUUCAGAGCUGGAAGUUGUUCUUGGGGUUAUAAAGAGCUAUUCGAAGGCUCAAUUAGGUAAAGAAGCCAUGUCAGCAGCCAGAAAGCAUCUAUCUCUUCUUGAGGGAAUGCGUAAGGAGUAUGGUCAUGCAAGAUCCUUGGCACUUGCUCAAGCUCAAGUGCUUAAUGCUCAUGAUGAGAUAUCAAUGGCAACCUCACGAUUACGCCUUAGAGAAAGUGAGGAUGAUAAAUCCAUUGAUGCUUUGAGUCUGGAAGAGCUAGAAACAGCAAACGUUGAAAAUUCGAGUGAAAAGUUUGUUGCUUUAUCCUCGUUAUUGCGUGUGAAAGGGCAACUUCGGUAUUUGAAGGGUUUGGUACAGUCUAAACAAACUGUUGAUGAUCCAUAUCAUGAAGUUAUGAUGAAUUCUAAUACUAACUCGGUUAAAGAGGGAUUAGGUGAUGACAUGUGUCCUGUUUGUCAAGAUAAGAUCACCACUCAGAAGAUGGUUUUUCAGUGUGGGCAUCUUACAUGUUGUAAAUGUUUUAUUGGAAUGAGCGAGAGGGGGAUGAGUCAGGCUGAUAAGAAAUGGAUGAUGUGUCCAAAAUGUAGACAACCCACAGAAUAUGGGAACGUUGCUUUUGUUGAUGAUGAGCAAAAACUGCCUGAUGUUUCUGUUACUGCUUUUAAAACCUCAGAAGCUUCUGUGACUGUCAACGGUUCAUAUAGCACCAAGAUUGCAGCAGUGACAAGGAGAAUACUGUGUAUCGGUUCCACGAAUCCAACAGACAAAAUUCUUGUUUUCUCAAGUUGGAAUGAUGUUCUUGACGUACUGGAACAUGCUUUUACAGCUAAUGAUAUUAGUUUUAUCAGAAUGAAAGGAGGAAGGAAAUCACAAGUUGCUAUCAGUGAAUUUAAAGGAGAGAAAGUUGAUGCGAAAGAUGGUGUGAAUAAGAAAAUGAAAAUGAAAAUGAAGCAGAGAGAAAGAAAUUCCAUUCAAGUAAUGCUGCUAUUGAUUCAGCAUGGGGCGAAUGGGCUUAAUCUUUUGGAAGCACAACAUGUUAUUCUUGUAGAGCCGCUACUCAACCCCGCAGCAGAAGCACAAGCCAUCAGCAGGGUGCACCGCAUUGGACAGACCAAAAAGACACUCGUUCAUCGUUUCAUAGUGAAGGACACAGUGGAAGAAAGCUUAUAUAAACUGAAUAAAAGCAAAGAUGGUGGUUCCUUUAUAAGCGGAAACAAAAGGAACCAAGAUCAGCCUGUUUUCACACUCAAAGAUGUUGAGUCUCUUUUCAAAGUUGCUCCAUCAACAAUCCAACAACACAACACGGAUUCAGAUUUAAUGCAUUUGCCGCCAGGUGUCGCCGCUGCUAUAGCCGCCGAGAGGAGGCUCAUGGACCAGACCAAAAAAGCCGAUGAAGCAGGGCGGGGCCCAUCAUAGGCGCGUCUAUACUCUAGUUAUCUCUCUCAGUAAAUAUAACUUAUUAGCUUAGAUAGUUACUAUAGGUUGAAGUGAACUCUCUACACUCCAUAUUGAGUUUUAGUUUAGUUUCAUUUUCACAUUUUCUCUCUAAUUUAUUUAAUAUAAAAACAACUUAACAGGAAAACUGACAUGUUGGUUGCUUUAUGUAUUCUAUCAUAUUUUGUUUGUUUUUAGGAGC